AACCAUAAUGACUUUAUACCAGUGGGUCAAAGAUGUAUAUCCAGGCAAAUCAUCUUCUAAAUGUACUGACUCUAAAUGUUAUUUAUUACAUGUCAUCUUCUUGUUUAUAUUUGUUUCUUAGUGAUGUGUCUCAACAAGACAGAUUCAUGUUCCCCUGAGGAUGAAUUUAACUCACUUAAUUGCUCCCUCAACUUUCCAUCAACUAAUUGGAUGACCAAUUAAGUAUGAUGGAUUCCUCACGACCCACAAAGUUGCUGCUGAUUAUUAAUGUCUCAUAACGAGUGAACCGGUUAUUAAUCAGGUAUUGGUUUGUCUGCACACAAAGAGAGAAAGUAGUGCUGUAAUCUGGAAUGUCCCUGCUCACUCCGCCGCCUCCUGCCUCUCGUCUGAUUAAUGUGCAUGUGCCGGGGAACACUGAGGCUGCGGCUCGGUAACAAGCACCGGGGUCUGAUGCGCUCUGCCGGGGCUCAGUCCGUGGGAGGGAGGGGUCGGCCGGAGCUUCCUCUCUAAUUGGCCAGGGAGCAGCAGCAGCAGCAGCAGCAGCCGGGGAUGCGAGCGGCCACAGACGGAGGUACAGCCAACUCAGCAAAGCGCGUUUUGUUGCUUAAUAAGCCAUUAUUGAAACGCAUUAGGUGGAAUUGGAUCCAUUAGCGCACCUCAUGCUUUACUAAGUGUUUUUUGGGGGGGAAAGCUAUUAUGGAGAGAGCGCAGGAGCCAGAGAGGGCAAAAGAUGAAGUGUCAAUGAACAGGAGCGGACGUAUGGGCUUGAGAGACCCAUGUUCAAAUGGCUGAUCUGGAACUGUUUAAGUUUGAAGGACCCGAUCCGAGAGACGCGUCCGUGGGGUUGAGUUAUAAGCAACGUGUCCUGGAGGUCUGCAGCGGCGGAGGAGAGACGCUCGAUCCCGGCGGAGGAGAGGGUCCAUGGACAGAGCUCCAGAGCGCAGCGCGUCCGGAGGAGGAAACAGAGACAUCCUUCACGUGCAAACACGGAGGUGAUGGAGACACUGUCCAGCUGAGAGGGACUCAAUCCUGCACACAGACUCACUGCUCCUCACUGUACGAGGAGGAGGAGGAGGAGGUGAUGGAGGAGGAGGAAGAGGAGGAGGAGGACAUCCCGGAACUUUUCUUGCUGUCCGACGACGACCUCUCCUCCGAGGGCUCGGGGAAGUCGGUGGAUUACGGCUUCAUCACCGCCGUCACCUGCCUGGUGACCGGCAUCUCUCUGGUCGCCAUUUCCUACACGGUGCCCAGGGACGUGCGCGUGGACCCGGACACCGUGUCCGCCCGGGAGAUGGAGCGCCUGGAGCGGGAGAAAUCCCGGGUCGGGGCCCACCUGGACCGGUGCGUCAUAGCCGGACUGUGCCUGCUCACGCUCGGGGGCGUGCUGCUCUCCACCCUGCUCAUGGUCUCCAUGUGGAAGGGGGAGAUGAUGCGGAGGAAAGCCUUCGCCUACUCCAAACACGCAGCCAACUUGUACGGAUCCAUCAGCUUGAGAGCAGCGUCCAGUCCGACUCGGGACUCCUGCUCACGUCUGUCAGCGGCUGAUGAGGAUCUAGAAGUGCUCAGCUGAAUUUAUGGACCUGACAGGAGGUGCAGACUCUGAAAACCUCCCCAGUGCUGCCCCUUCACCCGGGACGUGGUGGAGGUUUACUGUCUUUUUAUUCAUGACAGCUGAGGAAACUUCUUUCUGGCUGAUCUUUGUUAUGAGUUCACAUUUUUUCCAAGUCAGCCCUCACAUGCACUUCUGAGUUCUUGGUCGUUGGAAUGGUUCCUUCUGUCUGUGCAGAGACAAGACAAGAUACGAUGAGACAAGAUAAGACAAUACUUUAUUAAUCCUGACUCCCAGUUUGCUCCAAGAUUAUAGUAUCACAAUAUAUUUUGGAGUACACUGAGUAACACAAUACAGUAUUAUGUCACAAAAUAAGUGAAAAUUAAAGUCUAAAGUGUAUAUAGAGUAAUUCAGAACUUAGCACCUAAUAGAAAUAACAGAAAUGAGAAUUAAAUAAGUAUACUACUAAACAAAAGUAAUGAUUUUGAAUAUUGCAAAUGAUAAUUGGAGGGAAAUGUGAUAUUACACUCAUGACAAUAGUAAUAUUACACAUUAAAAAACAUAGUAAUGUUGUACCUCUGUAGUCUGCAGUUAUUUCCAAGAGUCUGAUUAUUCACCCUGCAGAAGGAGGAUGAGUUGAAUCUGAGUUAUUAGAUAUAAAAUCCAGAAUUUAGGCUCAAGCUGAAGAUUCAUCAGAGUUCAGACCGAACACAGAUCACAGUGUAAAAUCAGCUCUCAGAUCAGUUUGAGUAAGAGAUUCUUACAUUUGAAGAAUCGUGAGCCAAACAGCUGCACAGAUGUUUCAUAACACUCCCAGAUGGGAUUUCACGUCCCUGGUUAUCGUGGCAGUAAUCACUUUAUCUUUCGCAGCAGAUCCUGCAGCUUUGGCAUCUUUGUUUUGUCCUCAUUCAAAUGAACCUUUUCUCUUUUUCCAUGCAGGACUAAAGUUGGUCUGAGUGAGGCCUCAAAUCUGAAAUCUGAAAGUUAAAAUCUUUUUUAGUUGAGAGUUCCCUCCUCAUGUUGACAUCUCACCACCACCAACUGAUAAAAACAUCUGCUUUAUUUAUUUAAGAAAUUCUAAAUGGUCGGUUUUUAUGUAGUUUCUAUAGGCUUGGUUUCUAGCUCUUUACAGUUCUGCCAUUCACCCAUUCACACAAACACACACACACACCUUCUGUACGUGGAACGGGAUUGAACAGUCGACAUUCUGGUUGGUGGACAACCCACUCUGCCUCCCGAGCCCUGAAAGCAGCCUACAGUAUAAAGUACUUGAUUUUCUUGUGUUCUAAAACUUCAUAUGUAAGUAAAGUCAAGUUACUUUUCCA